CCCCCAACCAUCUACAUCAUUUUACCGCGUAAAAUCGUAUCGUGGUCUUUGUGAAACACGAGUGCGUGCGUGUGAGCGCCCGCUUUGAAUGGUUUACCACUAUAAUAGUACUUACAAGGCAUUAUUAUUUUGCCUCCAAAUCCACAGAAUAGUGAAUACGUCUAGUGUCUACUACUCUACUGUUGUUCAGACCUCACGUAUCGUUCAGAUUCAUUCUCAUUCCACGUUUGCUCUUUACUACUUGACUUUAUUUUUUGUGUCUAACGUUAUUUCAUUGACAAUCGACAAUAAUAUUUUCUACGAUGAUGACUAUGAACAAGGAAAAUGUAAUGGACAAUUCACAACAGCCACAGAAAACUAAACAUUUUUUGGAAUCUGUAGCUGACUAUAGAACAAAUUUUGAUGCUACAAUCGAACCUUUAUUAAAAGAUAAUCCAAAACGUUUUGUUAUAUUCCCUAUUAUAUAUGAUGAUAUCUGGGCCAUGUAUAAAAAACAGGAAGCUUCGUUUUGGAAUGUAGAGGAAGUCAAUUUAAAAAAUGAUCUUGAUGAUUGGAUUAGAUUGACUGAUGAAGAACGUCACUUUGUAUCCCACGUAUUAGCAUUUUUUGCUGCUUCAGAUGGGAUUGUUAAUGAAAAUCUUGUCGAACGAUUUUCUCAAGAAGUUCAAGUAACUGAAGCUAGAUGUUUUUAUGGAUUUCAAAUAAUGAUGGAGAAUAUACAUUCAGAAAUGUAUAGUUUAUUAAUUGAUACAUAUAUUCAAGACCCAAAAGAAAAAGACUUUUUAUUUAAUGCUAUUGAAACCAUGCCAUGUGUAAAAAAAAAAGCUGAUUGGGCUCUUAAAUGGAUAAGUGAUAGUAAAGCCACUUUUGGUGAAAGGUUAGUGGCUUUUGCUGCUGUUGAAGGUAUAUUUUUCUCUGGAAGUUUUGCUGCAUUAUUUUGGUUAAAGAAAAGAGGAUUAAUGCCAGGUUUAACUUUUAGCAAUGAGUUAAUUUCCAGAGAUGAGGGCUUACACACAGAUUUUGCCUGUCUUUUAUUUAAACAUUUGGUUCAAAAACCACCUCAAGAUAUUAUUACACAUAUAAUUCGCGAAGCAGUAACUAUUGAACAAGAUUUUUUGACAAAUGCUUUACCUGUUAGAAUGGUUGGCAUGAACUGUGAGAAAAUGGCCGUAUAUAUUGAAUUUGUUGCUGAUAGACUAUUAGUUGAAUUAGGAUGUCCUACAGUUUUUAGAUCAUCAAACCCGUUCCCAUUUAUGGAACUUAUAUCUCAACAAGGAAAGACAAACUUUUUUGAAAAAAGAGUUGGUGAUUAUCAGAAAGCUUCUGUGGCUGUUACUGAAACUCCUCAUUUAUCAACAAUGGAUAUAACUGAUAAGGACUUUUAAAUUAUUUUCUAAUAGUGGCUUUUUUCCUUUUAUUUGUGUACUUAUUUAUUUAAUGAAUUUUUUUCUUCCCUGCAAAGGGUAAUAAGUUACUUUAUUUAACCAAAAAGCACUAUAAGCACUCUGUAUUUUUUU